AUGAAUGCAGCAGGCUCAAGCCAGCGGCAUCGUCAAGAACAGAGAGCAUACAGAGCCUUGUGCUGUCGAUGCACUUGCAAUUGCAGGCUGAGAUUUUCUUCUUCAGACGAAACUGAAAGCUUCGGCUCUGAGCGAUUCCCAUCAGACUCCAGCAUUUCCCACGCCAUGGACCAAAUGAUCAGGCAAAAGCAGAGAAUUGAAGAGACCAAAUUUGUUGUAAUGGUGGCUAUGGAGAAAUGCUCUGAUGAUCCAAAAGAGGACUUUAGAGUUUCGAUGAUGGAGAUGAUUUUGGGUAAUGGAACUGAGAAGCCAAAGGAUCUACGUAGUCUUUUGAACUGUUAUAUCUCCAUGAACAACGAUGAAUGUCAUGGUGUCAUUUUAGAGGUAUUCCAUGAAGUAUGCUGUAAUUUGUUUCUGGGUUAUGGAACAAAAAUUUAG